UUCAUAGAGUACAAAACUCUGCUAAUUUGAUAUUCAAAAAUGGCGAAUAAAAGCUCAACUUCAAUCAAAUUGGAUGGCCCAUUAUAUCAUGUAACCAACAAAGCCACUCACCAUCGAGAUCAGUUCUUUGUAUGGAGAGAGUUCAUGUGGGGAGCCAUAGCUGGAGCUUUUGGAGAGGGUAUGAUGCAUCCCAUUGACACCAUAAAGACUAGAAUUCAGAGUGAAGCUCUUCUUAGUGGAAGUCAGAGUCAAAAGAGCAUAGUGCAGAUGGUUCGAACUGUCUGGGUUGCAGAUGGCUUAAGAGGCUUCUAUAGGGGUAUAGCUCCUGGAAUUACUGGAUCUCUCGCAACUGGAGCAACAUACUUUGGUUUCAUAGAGUCCACUAAAAAAUGGAUUGAGGAGUCGCAUCCUAACCUUGGGGGCCACUGGGCACAUUUCAUAGCUGGAGCCGUUGGUGAUACACUUGGUUCUUUUGUAUAUGUUCCAUGUGAAGUGAUUAAGCAACGCAUGCAGAUUCAAGGCUCAGGAAACUCUUGGAAUUCUGCUAUCAUGAAAGACCAGAUGCGAAUGAAUUCCGGUGCACAGAUGUAUGGUUAUUACACUGGAAUGUUCCAAGCUGGAUGUUCAAUAUGGAAAGAGCAAGGACUAAGGGGAUUAUAUGCUGGGUAUGGCUCCACACUUGCAAGGGAUGUGCCGUUUGCUGGCCUUAUGGUUAUGUUCUACGAAGCCCUGAAAGAUUUGACAGAGAAAGGGAGACGAAAACGGGCUCCUAAUUUCCAUGUUGAUAGUACUUUCGAGGGACUUGUAUUAGGAGGAUUGGCUGGUGGGUUUAGUGCAUACCUUACCACUCCCUUGGAUGUAAUAAAAACAAGAUUACAAGUCCAAGGAUCAUCCUCCAGUUAUAAUGGCUGGUUGGAUGCAAUGAGUAAGAUCUGGAAAACUGAAGGCCCGAAAGGAAUGUUCCGGGGAAGCGUCCCCCGGAUCACAUGGUAUAUUCCAGCCUCGGCUCUAACCUUCAUGGCUGUCGAAUUCCUACGAGUCCAAUUCAACGAAAAACUGGAGAAUGACAAAGUGCAAGAAGUCAGAAGCUUUUCAAUCGACAAACCAUCUUCUUUCCAAGAGGUAGCUUGAAUUUUCAUUCAACGGUUUUAACACGGGUUUUGUCAGAUUUUGCUUAAUGUUUUUGAAGCCAUUUGAGCUAUUAACACUUCCUGACCAGCAGCCGGGCCUUGGACAGGUGGUUUUUAAAUUUGUGGUUACCCGGUUCACCCCAAAAUAAAAUUAUAUUU